CUACCUCUCCCCCGUCCCCUCCUCCUGCUCGCCCCCCUCUCCUUGAACCCAGAGACCGCGCACCGCAGAGCAGAGCAGCAGCGUGUCCUCGUGCUCUCUCCUCCCCCUCCACGACCCUCCAGCGCCGCCGGCGCCCCGCGAGCUCGCUCCUCGCAUUGCGCGCGACGUGGGCGGCCGGCUCACACAGGCGCCCGGCUCCGUGUCCUCCGCCGGGUUCCUUGGAUUCACUUCCUUUCUCCCAGGUGCCGGCCAGCCCCUCCCCCAUUUAUUUCCGCUGCCCCUUCCCCGCCCCUGCCGGCCCCCGGGCGUUUCUGCACGGCCCGGCCAUUAACUCCCGCCCGCCACCGGCAUUGAUCCGGCCAAGCCUUGUGAGCUGGGCGUCUGGUGGGCGUGAUUGCAGGAGCUUUCUCUUUACAGGCUCGUGUCGCCGGCCUCUUUUUGGGCCGUCUUUAUUAAUCCUCGGCUCCGGUUCCUGAAUCUUGCCGUCUCUGCUUCCGUUCUUGAUCUCGUCCCCCCACCCCCAAAUACGCCAUCCGUUGGUCCUUCUUUUCCCCAUCAACCACCCCUCGAGGGAUUCUUCUUGCUCCUUUUGUCCGAGCCGCCGAGCAAUUCUUGGGAAUUCCUGCUUCUCCUUCCCUGUGCGGAAUCUUCCAAACAAGGGGUGAAAAAGGGGGACGGAGAGGAAGAAUCCGCCCUCCUCCCUUUUGCUUUAGGAUAACUACUAUAAACUGUUCUUAGUGGGGGUGCUAGAGAAAGGGGGCGAAAUUGGGAGGGGAUUGGAGGGAGGAGCCGUCACAUCCCAUCCCUGGACCUGCAUGAGGAAGCAUUGAGACAAUGAGAGAUGAGACUCCAACCAAAAACAGGCUGUCCUGGUCCAAGACCAUUGUUAGGAAGUGGUUCAACAUCAAAACAAAAGCCAAGGACUUCCAUUCAGAUUAUGGAGUCGAACAAGUGGGGAUGCAGUGGAGGACCAGUUUCUCAGAGAGGGAUGUGUGCAAGACCAAGAAGAGCAGAACAGAGAGGUUGCCCAGGAAGAACUCGGAUCGGGACUGUCGAGCAGGAAAUGGGAUCGACCGCGCCUACAUCACAAACACGCAAGACUACAGGGUCUUUGCUGGUACAUGGAAUGUGGGAGGAAGGUCACCAUCCAGUCAUCUGAACCUGGAGGACUGGCUGCAUACUUCUCCUGCUGCUGAUAUAUACGUCAUUGGGUUUCAGGAAAUUGUUCCUUUGAAUGCUGGCAACGUCCUGUUGACCGAAGACAACGGUCCAGCGAAAAAGUGGGUUUCUCUUGUGAGAAAAACGCUAAAUAAUCUAGAUCUCCAGGGCUCUGCUGGGUACAACUACCACACCCCGUCGCCGGCUCCGGAACCUAUCGCGGAGCUUAAUGUUGAUUUCGAGAGAUCAUCGAGGAGACAAAAGAACUCUUCAUUCUUCCAUCGGCGUUCAUUUCAGUCCUUGGGUCGAAGCUCAAGAAUUGACAUGAUGGAUCCUCACUCCCUAGUGGACCGACGGUUCAGUGUUUGUGACCGGAUUAGCUUUGGGAGCAGGCCGAGCGAUGUUGACACCAGUAUGAGGUGUGGUGGGUCCUCUGAUGAUGAGAACAUGGACGAGGAAUCACCUGGUGGCACCUUCUUCUCACCAAUGCCAUGUGGAUAUGGUGCUCCACUAUCAACAGAUGACAAUAACAGGCGGUUGGUAAACUCCAACAGGUAUUGCUUAGUUGCUAGCAAGCAAAUGGUUGGAGUUUUCCUGAUGGUAUGGGUGCGGAGUGACAUAAGGGAGCAUGUGAAGAACUUGAAGGUGUCGUGUGUUGGUAGAGGCUUGAUGGGAUAUCUUGGAAAUAAGGGAUCAAUAUCAAUCAGUAUGUCUCUGCAUCAGACAAGCUUCUGCUUUGUUUGCACACACUUAACAUCAGGUCAAAAAGAUGGCGAUGAACUUAGAAGAAAUGCGGAUGUGGUGGAAAUAUUGAGAAAAACCAGAUUCCCACAUGCUCAUGGUGCACGCGACGAGAAGUGGCCAGAGACAAUCCUUGACCAUGAUCGAAUAAUAUGGCUCGGGGAUUUGAAUUACCGGAUAGCGCUUUCCUAUCGCUCUGUGAAGGCUUUGGUUGAGAUGCACAAUUGGAAACAAUUGUUGGAAAAAGAUCAGCUUCGUAUAGAGCAAAGGUUUGGUCGGGUAUUCGCGGGCUGGAAAGAAGGCAGAAUUUAUUUUCCACCCACGUACAAGUACUCGUACAACUCCGACAGAUACGCGGGCGAUGAUAUGCAUCCAAAUGAGAAGCGGAGGACACCCGCAUGGUGCGAUCGGAUUUUAUGGUAUGGCAGAGGCCUAAACCAACUAUGUUACGUCCGCGGCGAGUCCAGAUUCUCGGACCAUAGACCCGUAUACAGCAUUUUCACGGCGGAGGUUAAACUGCCGAGCCAGGCCCAGUUCGGCAGCUUCACUCGCUCCAGCUCCCUAAUGGGGGUGGAUGAAGUGGCAUACCCAACUUAUCCACGCAGUUACACAGAUAUCAACUUUUACUGAUUGUGCAUCCCCAUGGAGCCAAGACAUUCUUUCUUCGGUGCCAGAGUAGGAGUAGACCUGAUGUGUCUGAUGAAAACUUCAUUCCUCCCAAGAUUCCAGCAACUGGAAUAUUUCCAGGCAACAGAUUGCAGAUACUCUAGUCAAGAAGACGCCUUGUAAUUCCAGAUGUAGGAAGAUUUGCGCCGUUCGUUCUGCACAGUUUUGAUUGAUUCUAACCAUCGUCCCCGGCAGUGUCGGGCACAAAUUUCGCUUGCAAACCAGAAUGCAGGACGGCUCUGGCUCUGAUUUAAGCUAGUAGAUAGAGUAGUCACUGACAGCUGAAGCUAAUUUUGUGGCGUGCCAUUUGGAUUUUUCCCCUUUUCCUGAGCGGUUUGUGACUCUGGAAGGGAAGUUUUUUUUUUACUUGUCUCCCGAUGUAAAACAAGAGCCGCUUGGAUCGGCUCAGCUCAGUCAUUUUAGUGACCAAAAAGAAGAAAGAAACAGCCACCAUUUGUACAGCA